AUCCGCCAGCCCCACCAGACCAGGUGCGGCGGCGGCCUUAUUCCUACGCGUUUUGGAAGCGCUUUGGCACCUCCAUUUAUCUACCGAUUCCUCCACGCUCUCCUCCUCCUUUUUCCUCGAGAGCAUCAUCGACCAAGAACCCCUUCCGCAUCACCUCACCCCGCCCCCAUCGGCCAUCGCCAUGCCAACGAGGAGCGCCCCCUCCUGAAAAUCCAAUCUUUUCCGCCUCCUUUCUCAUGGGUUCGUAAUCGAAAAGCUCCAGGUUUUUCGCCCCUCCUUCGAUUGCCACCGCCGCCGCCGUGAUGAUGACGACGGGCAAUCUCCUCUUGGCCUUGAUCGGCACAGCGGUGUCGCUGUGCCUGCUCCGCCUGCUCUUCCGCAAGACCGGACCUUUCCACCUCCUGAAGGGGUGGUGGCGGUCGACCCAGGAUUGGUUCUACGUCUACCAGGUCCUCAAGGUCCCCGAAUUCAACGACGCCGUGCAGGAGAACCCCCUCUACCGCCGCGUCUCCGUUUACCUCAACUCCCUCCCGUCCCUGGAGGAGUCCGAUUUCACCAACCUCUUCGCCGGCAAGAAGCCCAACGACAUCCUCCUCCACCUCGACCCCAACCAGACCAUCGACGACGUCUUCCUGGGCGCCAGGCUCUCCUGGACCAACGACCAGCGACGCGAUCGGAGGGCCUUCGUGCUGAGGAUCAGGAGGGCCGACAAGAUGAGCAUCCUCCGCCCCUAUCUCCAGCACAUCCACGCCGUGUCCGACGAGAUCGACCGGAAGAAGCGGGACCUGAAGCUCCACAUAAACGUCGACGACGGAGGCUCGGGGCGGUGGAGAUCCGUCCCGUUCACGCACCCUUCCACUCUGGACACCAUCGCCAUGGAGCCCGACCUCAAGGACAAGGUGAAGUCCGAUCUCGAAUCCUUCCUCAAAGCCAAGCAAUAUUAUCACCGUCUAGGCCGCGUCUGGAAACGGAGCUUCCUCUUGUACGGCCCCUCCGGUACCGGAAAGUCGAGCUUCGUGGCCGCCAUGGCUAAUUUCCUAGGCUACGAUGUCUACGACAUCGAUCUGUCCAAGGUGAAGGACGACGCGGAUCUGAAGCUGCUCUUGAUGGACACCACCGCUAAGUCCGUGGUCGUCAUGGAAGACCUGGACCGGUUCUUGGCGUCCAAGUCGACGGCGCUAAGCUUGUCUGGCAUAUUGAAUUUCAUGGAUGGUAUAUUGAGUUCGUGCUGCGCUGAGGAGAGAAUCAUGGUGUUCACGAUGAACAGUAAGGAACACGUCGAUGCUGCUAUAAUGAGGCCGGGUCGGGUCGAUGUGCACAUACACUUCCCGCUGUGCGAUUUUUCGGCAUUCAAGAACCUAGCUAACAGUUACUUAGGGGUCAAGGAUCACAAGCUUUUCCCUCAGGUGGAGGAGAUUUUCCAGGGUGGAGCGAGUUUGAGCCCUGCCGAGAUUGGCGAGCUGAUGAUCGCCAACAGGAAUUCCCCGAGCCGCGCUCUGAAGUCGGUCAUCACCGCGUUACAGACGGAUGGCUCGGCUGCGAAAAUCGGACGGCGGCUGUCCCACGAUGGGUUGAGGAAGCCGGGGGACGAAUCGGCCGAUUCGAGCGGGGUGUUCCUCAAGGAUAGCAACGCGAUGAAGGAUCUGAGGAAACUGUAUGGUCUGCUGCGGAUGAAAAGCACCAGAAAGACACCAUCUUUCGACGAGGAUUCAGGGCAAUAGGAUGGAUGACACAAUUCUUUUCAGGACUGAAAUGGUUUCAUUCUUUAUUUCUCAUCGGGGGUAAUACGAUGAAUCUCCUAGUCCAUGUCCGUGCAAGGGGACUCAAGAAAAUCGCUGGCCAGAGUUUUGGCAAACCCAGAGCUCGAAGGAAGCCGAGAAUACAGGGCAGAAGCUGCUUCUUCCAUUCUCCAAAUGCGUGCAGUUGCUAAUCCAGAACACAAAGUUCAGUUAGGAGAUUUGAUUUAAUCGAAAUCCUUCUACUUCCUAUGUUAGAAAAAAAAAAUCAAACUUUCAUAUAGCUUUUUCUUUUGGUUUUUGCCCCACCUCUCCUUUGCCCCUUUUGCAUUGUUUCGAGGAUUUCAGUUCAGUUUGUGGCUUGUCCUUACGGGGCAUGUAAAUACAGGAAGCAUACAAUUGCACAGUUGUUUCAUUCUUAGAUACGCUUUGGCUUUGGUGUUGCAGUUUGGAAAAAAGAAAAAUAGAAUAUGACGACAGAAUUAAAA